UUGUUGAACUUUGUCAACGCAAUGAUAGUAAAUCUUCGUUAUUUUUUGCUUUCUGUUCUAAUCUAACCAACAUUUCGCCAGUUGAUUUCGCCUAACCCACGGAGGCGGGUGGAUACGUGUCUGUCUGCCUUUAUUUGUCGAUUUUCGCUGUUUUUGAAAGCGAAAGCAAAUUGAAGCGGGCCUGUGAAGCCAUGUCUGACAACAUGGAAGAGGAUGAGCCUUUACCUCUCCAGCAGGAGCUGACCUGCCCUGUAUGCCAGGGCAUAUUCCGGGACCCGAUGCUGCUGCCCUGCACCCACAGCUUCUGUCGGCAGUGUCUGGAGGAAAAUUUUAAGUACAGCAAAAAGUGUCCCGUCUGCAGGGAGGAGUAUGAGAAAGACAAGGCCAUCGCCAAUCGUGCGCUCAAUAGCACCUGCGAGUCCUUCCUUAAACAGACGAACAAACGACCGAAAACCAUUCAGCCCAGUGACGCAGUCUGCAACCUGCACCUGAAACCCCUGGAGCUGUACUGCGAGAAGGACGAGGAGCCGGUGUGCGUGGAAUGCGUCACUCUGCACAGCACCCACAGGCUGUACACACUGAGCGAUGGGGCGCCCAUGUGCAAGAAGGAGCUGAGCGAGAGAGUCCACAUUUUUGAAAAGAAAGUGGACUCGUACAAGAAAACAUCUCGCAAUCUCAAAAACGCAGUGACCUAUAUCAAGUAUCAGGCUGAAGAAGCAGAAAAGCAGAUCAAAGCAGAGUUUCAGAGGCUUCACGACGUGCUCACCGCAGAAGAAGCGAUGCGUCUUAAAGCUCUGUCUGAUGAGGAGGGGGAGAAGAUCGCUGGCAUACAGAAACUGAUUGAAAGCACAGAAAAGGAUGUUGUCGCUAUGAAGGAGCUCAUUGAUACAAUUAAGAAGGAGAUGGGCAAUGAGGAUCUACCACUCCUCCGGGCCAGUGCGGUCGACUGCUUUCUAGGGGAGACUCCUGCUCUCCCCAGUGCUCCCAGCUCACUCAGUGCUCCCAGUGCAUUGCUAGGCCUCAGUGUGGUUGGUGUUCUCCUCACGGUGGCAAUGGGGCUGGACGCUGCCUACAGGGAGGACUUGAUGUGGUUUACAUGUUCUCUGGCCAGUGCACCGAACACAGCCUCGCCUUGGCUGUCUUUGAGUUCAGACCUGGUCGGUGUGAAGGAAAUCUCAGAGCGGCUGACUGUCCCCGAUAACCCACAGCGCUUUGAUCCCUGCGUCUUUGUCCUAGGUGCUGAAGCUUACACCUCCGGGAAACACAAAUGGGAUGUCUUUGUAGGUGACAACCCCAAGUGGAUAGUGGGAGUGUGCAGAGAGUCAUUGCAGCGUAAAAAGAAGUUUACAGUUGCAACAAACCGCGGUGUGUGGGCCUUAGGACUGAGCAAAGGGGUGUAUAAUGUAAUGACGACUAAGCGUGAAGAGCUGCAGCUUCAGCAGCGACCUGAAAAGAUUCGAGUCAAGCUUAAUAUAGAAAAGGGAGAGGUGUCAUUUUGGGAUGGAGGGUUAGGGAAGCACCUGGUCACACUUACAUACAAGUUUGAAGGUGCGAUAUUUCCUAUUUUUGGUCCCGGCCUCCAUAGCUCGCCCAUGGCUCUGGUUCCAGGAAAAAUAGCUAUACACAUGUCAACAACCCAAGAUAAGGUUAUUGACGUGAAGAUGCAAGAUUGAAAAUCAAUGAUGAAAAACUUUUAAAAGCAAGAGAAACUCGACAAGCCUUUAUCAGUCGAUCAGGGGCAACGAGAACAUCA